CUCUGUGCCGUCCCGUCCCGCCCCGCCCCGCCCCGUCCCACCUCGCCUGCUCCAUCCCGGCCCCGCUCCGCUCCGCCCGCCCUGCCCUGGCACGGCACGGCACGGCAGCGCCCAGGUGAGCCCCACGCCGCCUGGCACCGCGGGAUCGGACCGCACCGCACGGACGUGGGGGGGGGGGGCAGACGGACCUAACGAGGACUCCGGACCCGAUGUGAUGGUGGCCCAUCCUCUGUGUGUUCCGACCCCACUGGGUGCUGAGCACCGUCAAUAACCUCACAGCAGUGGCACUGCACAGCAUGGGCCUGUUGUGCCUCGUGUGUCUCUGGCUGGUGCUCGCCCUGGUCCCGCUGGGCGACGGUGCCUGGCAGUGCCCCCGCAUCCCAUUCAGCUCCACCAGGAACUUCUCUGUUCCCUACACGCUGCCUGGCCUCGAUGCUGGCAGCCCCAUCCAGAACGUUGCUGUCUUUGAUGACUCUGAUGGUACAGUCGCCAUCUUUGUGGCCGUCCGUAACCGCAUCCUGCUGGCCAGUGCCGAGAUGCACCUCCUCUCCGUCCUUGUCACCGGCCCAGUGGGCAGCGCCAAGUGUGAGAUCUGUCGCCUGUGCCCAGCCACCACGGAUGGCCCUGAGGACACGGACAAUGUCCUGCUGCUGCUGGACCCACUGGAGCCGUGGCUGUACAGCUGUGGCACAGCACGGCAUGGGCUGUGCUACCAGCACCAGCUGGAGGUGCGGGAUGGUAAGGUGGCCAUCGCAGCCACACACUGCCUGUACUCGGCCACGGGCAACAGCCCCACAUUGUGCCCCGACUGCGUGGCCAGCCCCCUGGGGACCAGUGCCACCGUGGUGGCCACCUCCUAUGCCUCUUUCUUCUACCUCGGCUCCACCAUCAACAGCAGCGUGGCAGCGCAGUACAGCCCACAGUCGGUGUCCGUCCGCAGACUGAAGGGCACCUUGGACGGCUUUUCGAGUGAUUUCCAGUGGCUGACGGUGCUGCCGCGAUACCGCGACAACUACACCAUCCACUAUGUGCACUCCUUUGCCGACGGGGACCACGUCUACUUCCUGAUGGUGCAGCUGGAGCGGCCGGGCUCGACCGUGUACCACACACGCCUGGCACGGCUCAGCACCCACGAGCGUGACCUGCGUCGCUACCGCGAACUCGUCCUCGACUGCCGCUUCGAGUCCAAGCGCCGGCGCCGGCGGCGCAGCGGCGAGGAGGAUGCUGAGCGGGAUGUUGCCUACAACGUGCUGCAGGCAGCCCACACUGCCCGCCCUGGUGCCCGCUUGGCCCGUGACCUCGGCAUCAACGACACCGACACGGUGCUCUUCGGUGCCUUCGCCGAGAGCCAGCCGGAGAGCCUGGUGCCACGGAAGAACUCGGCUGUCUGUGCCUUCCCAAUCCGCCUCCUCAACCAGGCCAUGGAGGAGGGCAUGGAGAAGUGCUGUGGCAUCGGGCACCAGCCACUGCUGCGGGGGCUCAGCUUCUUCCAGCCGGUGGAGUACUGCCCACACAACGUGAACCUCUCGGCACCGGUGAUAAACACCAGCUGCUGGGACCAGCCCACCCUCGUUCCCGCUGCCUCCCACAAGGUGGACCUGUUCAAUGGGCAUCUGGCCAGUGUCCUCCUCACCUCCAUCUUUGUCACCACCCUGGGGAAUGUCACUGUGGCCCACCUGGGCACAGCAGAGGGACGCAUCUUCCAGAUAGUGCUCCAGCGCUCCAGCUCCUACCUCCUGACCAUGGCCAACUUCUCCCUGGGGGAGCCAGGGCCGGUGCAGGGUGCCAUGGGGUCACAGAGCCACUCGCUGUUCUUCGCUGCGGGCACCAAGGUGUGGCGCCUGAAUGUCACCGGCCCCGGCUGCCGCCACUUCUCCACGUGCCAGCGCUGCCUGCGUGCCGAGCGCUUCAUGGGCUGUGGCUGGUGUGGGGAUGGGUGCACGCGCCGCCACGAGUGUGCCGGCCCCUGGGUCCAGGACAGCUGCCCACCCGUCCUCACUGACUUCCACCCCCGGAGCGCCCCGCUGCGGGGUCGGACACGGGUCACUCUCUGUGGCAUGACCUUCCGCUCCCACUCGGACCCUGACCCCAGCCGCAGCCCCCCCGCUGCCUACCGGGUGACAGUGGGACAGCGAGGCUGCACCGUGCUGCCACAGGAGAUCAAGAGCUACAGACCCCUGCCCACCUCCCGCCGCAGGGAGUUUGUGGACGUGCUGGUGUGUGAGCUGGAGCCUGGGGGGCUGGCAGCAGCGAGGGGCCCGGCCAACGUGGUGCUCACUGUGGAGGAACCCACCAAACCCUCUGGCUUCCAUGUCCAAGGCUCCUCUGCCCUUGGUGGCUUCAUCUUCACGGAGCCACGCAUCAGAGCCCUGCACCCCCCGUUUGGCCCCCAGAGGGGUGGCACCCACCUCUCACUCCAUGGCACCCACCUCUCCUCAGGGAGCAGCUGGAGGGUGAUGGUCAAUGGCUCUGAGUGUGCCCUGACCGGGCAGCCCAGUGACAACGGGACAAUUCAAUGCACGGCUCCUGCUGCCAGUGGCCUGGGUGCAGCCUGGGUGGCCCUGUGGAUUGAUGGGGAGGCGUUCCCAGCCCCGCUGCCAUUCCAGUACCGCCCUGACCCCUCUGUGUUGGCUAUCACCCCCAACUGCAGCUAUGAGGGCUCGAUGCUCACCAUCAUUGGCACCCACCUGGACUCCGUGUAUCGCGCCAAGAUCCGCUUUGAAGCCAGAGGUGUGAUUACCAAAGCCACAGAGUGUGAGGACCCGCUGGCACCAGAGCGACUGCUGUGCCGCAGUCCAGCCUUCCCCUUCAAGAGCAAGGUCGAUGUGGUGCUGGGGAACCUGAGCGUGCUGCUGGACGGCGCUGAUGGCCACUGGCUCUUCCAUCUCCACUACUACUCCCAGCCCAAGAUCUUCCCCUUGAAGCAGGAGGGCGGGCGCCUCCGCCUCAAGCCUGGCGAUGAUGAGAUCGAGGUGCACCAAGCGGGCCUGAAUGCCUUGGCCACCUGCAUGAACAUCACCAUGACAGUGGGGGGCCGGGACUGCCACCCCAACGUCCUGAACAACGAGGUGACGUGCCGCCUGCCCCGGGAGCUGCACCUGCCCCCCGCUGGGGCCCCCGUGGAGAUCUGUGUGAAUGGUGCCUGCGAGGCACUGGGCUGGGUGCUGUCCCCCCCCACCUCGCUGGAUCUGGCUGCCAGCCUGGCCCUGGGCAUUGGCAUCACCUUCAUGGUCUGCUGCAUCCUGGCUGCCAUGCUGGUCCGUUGGUGCUGGAGGAAGAGGCGAGGGACGGAGAACCUGGAGCUGCUGGUGCAGCCUGGCCGCGGCGACCCCCCUGUCACCACCCAGCGCCCCGGCGUCGACUACAGGGAGGUGCUGGUGCUGAACACAGCAGGCAGUCCCAGCCCAGUGGGGACCCGCAUACGAAUCACCAGUGCGAGUGCUGGUGCUGGUGCCAGUGCAGCAGGUGGUGGAUCCCCCAUGCCCCUGCUCAGAGCCACAUCCUGCUGCUUGGAGGACCUGCGGCCGGAGCUGUUGGAGGAGGUGAAGGAUAUUCUCAUUCCCGAGGAGCGGCUUGUCACCCAUCGCCACCGGGUCAUCGGCAAAGGUGACUCUGCAGCCCAAUUUGGCCAUGGCAUCACCUGCUGGCUCUGUGCGGUGCCAGCUUUGUGCCACCUGUCCCUGCAGGGCACUUCGGCAGCGUCUACCAUGGCACCUACUCAGACCCACUGCUGGGAGACCUCCACUGCGCCGUCAAGUCCCUGCACCGUGAGUAGCGCCCGCUCCCAUGCGCGGUCCCGCGGCACGGCAGCGGAGCGCUCCACAGCUCAGCUCUCGGCAGGCAUCACGGACCUGGAGGAGGUAGAGGAGUUCCUGCGCGAGGGCAUCCUCAUGAAGAGCUUCCACCACCCUCAGGUGCUCUCGCUGCUGGGGGUGUGCCUGCCCCGCCAUGGGCUGCCUCUCGUCGUCCUGCCCUACAUGCGCCACGGGGACCUGCGCCAGUUCAUCCGCGCCAAGGAGAGGAGCACCACAAUGAAGGAGCUCAUAGGCUUCGGGCUGCAGGUAGCCCUGGGCAUGGAGUACCUGGCCCAGAAGAAGUUUGUGCAUCGGGACCUGGCAGCCAGGAACUGCAUGCUGGACGAGACACUGACGGUGAAGGUGGCUGACUUUGGGCUGGCACGGGAUGUGUUUGGCAAGGAAUACUACAGCAUCCGGCAGCACCGGCACGCCAAGCUGCCCGUCAAGUGGAUGGCACUGGAGAGCCUCCAGACCCAAAAAUUCACCACCAAAUCAGAUGUGUGGUCCUUUGGCGUGCUCAUGUGGGAGCUGCUGACACGAGGGGCAUCGCCGUACCCCGAGGUGGACCCCUACGACAUGGCCCGCUACCUGCUGCAGGGGAGACGCCUGCCACAGCCCUCCCACUGCCCUGACACACUGUACCGAGUGAUGCUGAGCUGCUGGGCACCAGCGCCCGAGGAGAGACCGUCCUUCACGGGGCUGGUGGGAGAGCUGGAGCAUGUCCUGGCCACACUGGAGGGUGAGCACUACGUCAACCUGGCUGUCACCUACACCAGCCUGGAUUGGGGCCCCCCCUUUCCUCCUGCCCCACCGGGGCAGCUGCCUGAUAGCGAAAAUGAGGACAGGGAUAAUGAGGAGGAGGAGGAAGAGGAGGAGGAUGCGUCCAUGUGCUGAUGGGAUGCCCUGCACUGGAGGGACUCCUGGACCCCCAUACACAUGGACACACUCCCCUGAGGAGGGAUGCAGCAUGCAGCCGGAUGCUAUGGGGCACCUUCCCUAUGGGAUGGGUGCUGGGAGGCAGAUGGGUGCUGUGGGAUGCUCUCCCAUGGCUCACACCCAGACCCUGCUGGGUGCUCCCCACACUUGGUCCCAUGCCAUGAGGUGCUGGGGGCCUCAGUCCUGAGCUGGCUGGGUGUGGGGGGACUCAGCCCCACAGUGAUGAGGCUGUGCUGUGGGAUUUGGGGCUCAGCCCCACAGUAGCAGGUGCCGUGGAGGCCCAAGUGGAGCCCCACCAGGUGCUGUGGGGUGGCCUGGCCCUCCCAGGGCUCCCAUGGCAUUUUCAGCCUGUUGGCUGCUCAAAUCACUCAUUAAAACAUAAUUAUAUUUU